AUGAAGGGUCUCGCUAUUGAGGACGCGGAGCACGCGUUCGUCAAGGUGCGCAUCAUGACGUGGAAUAUGCACGGCCAUAUUCCAAAAGGAGAUUUGGAGGUGCUGUUCGGUCAUAUGGAGCCACAUAGCCCCGAAAAUAUCGACAGUGCUACGUUUGGGGAUGAAUAUGCAAUCCCGCAGCUGCCGAUGAACACGCAGCAUCCGUUUCACCUGUUGGUCAUUGCGUGCCAAGAAUGUCCUUGGGGAGAUGGGAGCCAUUUGAGCACCACGUUGCACACUGCCAGCGAGCUGAGAAGCAUUGCACGCACACGAUCACGAGCGGCACGAGAGUUCAGGACGGACGAGGUACCAAAGACCCCCGCGCAAACUUUGCGGCGGCAGCGGUCCCAAUUAUCCAUGGACAACAGCUCUGAUACGUCGAUAUUGGACGGUACGACGAUGCCUGUUGUUGAUUCAGACACUCUUUCACAUUUUACGAGCAACGAACCUUCAGCGCUGCGUGGAUGGAGCAAGGUAUGCGAAGAUUAUUUUGUGCGUGGGAUACAAACCAACCAAACGGACAGUCCGCUCACGCCUGCAUCUCUGCACGCGCCACGAACCGACGCAGUUCAAGGAGCAGGUACUAUGCUGACCCCGUCUAUCGGUCAGGAGGGCUCACUUGGGUCCAAGUCUAGUACCUCGACGCUUACCUCGGCUCGUAACGAGACACGCUCGAGUUCGCCGGGCUUUGGAGAGAACGCACGCUUGGGCCAAUUGUCGCCAAAAGAUAUGCGCAUACCUCCUUUACAGCUUGGUCCCUAUGAGCUUAUCAUUAAGGAGCGCAUGAUGGGCUGUUAUACGGCAGUGUAUGUCUGGCGACCGUGCCUGCGCUUUGUGAAAGGAGCGAGUGCAAACGUAGUCAAAACAGGCCUACUCGCAGGAAGAAUGGGGAACAAGGGUGGUAUUGGGGUCAGCGUGCACUUUGCAGACUUGCGCUUGCUUUUUAUUAAUGCACACCUUGCGGCGCAUGCAAGCAAGAUGGAGGCACGGGUUGCGAAUAUUAACAAAAUCGAGUCUGAAAUGUCAGUUGAUACGUUCCUUUUGCCCAACGACGUACGCAAUGCAUUUGAGCAAUCCUCACUACGCUUUGACCACUCGUUCUGGUGUGGCGACUUGAAUUUUCGAGUAAAUAUUACUCGCAAGCAUGCAGACUGGUUAAUUAUGAACGAGUCCUACGAACACGCGUUGGAAUUUGACCAACUGCGUACGGCUAUGCGCGAGGGAAAUGCGUUUCAAGGAUUUAAAGAGGCAGCCAUCAAUUUUCCACCAACGUACAAGUACGACGUGAUCAAAGCAAUCCGCACGAAGGCCUACAACGAUGCGAACGACACAGAUAAUGCGCAAAAAAAGCUUGAGGCCACACGCAAACGCAAAUUGUAUGUGUGGCCAACAGAGCGCGGGAAACAGAAAGAAGAACGCUCGCAGCAGGACCGCAACGCUGCGACACUUACACGCAGCGAAUCGUUUACAUCGUUGAGCAAUAUAUCGGACAGUUCCUCCAUCAUGGAGGAAGUGCCCAGCACACUGGAUACUAUCGCACCGGAAAAGGCAACGCAGUCAGAAAACACCAAGCUGCACAGCCCCAAAGUGCUACAAGGACUGCGUGCAGCAGCGAAUAGCCGCAAAAAACAGCUUGCAGAAGUGCUCAGUAAUCCAUCUGAGAAGGCUGCGUACGACUCGAGCACCAAGCAACGCGUUCCAUCCUGGUGCGACCGUGUUCUCUGGCGAUCGAAUGCGGUACCAAAGGCACAAGAAGAGCAUCAUGAGCACUUACUAUCGCGUUCACUACGGGAUGCCCUGCCGAUCUUAGCAAAGAAACGCGAGCAAGACAAAGUUUCGCACGAUGAAGCAGGAAAAUCGCGGCGGGGUUUCUCUGCAUUCAACUGGCUUCACGCAGAUCAAAAUCGUGAGCAUGAGGAAGGCUGCAUUAUGAAAUCCGAAGUCAGGGUCCUAGAGUACAGAACAAUCGAGGAUGCAGAUGUACAAGCAUUGGGUGCUAUUUCGGACCACCGCCCUGUUAUUUUUAGUGCGAUGAUCGGCCUGUAG